UGCAACUUUCUUUCCUCCGUCGUCGUCGUCCACAGCAUCGACAUGCAAGCCCUGCGCCUAGCGCGUCCCAGAGUUUCUCUCCGCACCGGUGUGCGUACUGUCACGGCUGCUGCCAACUCGUCUGCCGCGCACGCCGCCCCUCAAACCACUACCGCCGCCUCCGCGAUCCCGCUCAGCAACGUCGAGGCGCAAUGGGAGCGGCUCUCGUCCGAGGAGCAGCUCGCCGUGCAUCAGCAGCUCGAGGAAGUCCAAAAGCGCGACUGGAAGAUGCUUUCGAUUGACGAGAAGAAGGCUGCGUAUUAUGUUGCAUUCGGUCCCCAUGGUCCCCGCAAGCCCACAACCCCGCCCGGCGGCAGCCUCAAAAUCGCUCUUGGAACUCUCGGCCUCAUCGGCCUCACCGGUGCCAUCUUUGCUACCAUCCGCGCGACCGCACCACCUCCGCCGCGUACGAUCAACAAGGAGUGGGAGGAGGCCGCGAAUCAGCGCGCCAUCGAGAACAAGAUGGACCCUCUCAGCGGUCCCUCCUCCGAGGGCUACACAGGGAAGGGCUUUGUGACACACAAAUAGACGGCCUCUCGUCUGCGCAAGCGGGCGUGCACGGCGCGAGACAGCUGGAACGGACCGCGGGUUCUCUGUGCCGCCGCUGGCCUGUCGAGGUCGCUCCCGCCUUCGGGUGCCGCGCGCGUAUCUACACAGAACUUGUACCUCGCAAACUUGCCGACGCUCCCUGUCGUUUCCAAAUAAACUACCGCGGUUUUUUGCUGA